GUCUUGGCCCAUCUUCCACCAUCUCUUUACUUACAUUCUGGUCUGCGGGGCAGCCGACCUCACCGACGGCGGAAUGACAAAAAGGACAAUAUCAACGACGCCGCGCGCUUCAACGCCACAGCCCAUCCUCUGAGACAAAAUAGGAUAAGGAGACCCACCCGGCACGACUGCUCUCCGCACCCGCAACGCCCAUGGCGUUCGCCGCCGUCCUCCGCGCCCGCCUCCUCCCGGUGCCCACUCCGCUAUCCAGCUCCUCGCCGCCGCCAUUCUUCGCCCCUUCGGCCUACGUCCGCGUACCGCGCCUCACAGCAGCAGCAGCGCGCACCGUACGGUACCGACGACGGGGCGGGCGGCCUCACCGCGCGGCCGCGGCGAUUACAGCGUCACUCGACCUGACCGAGGACAACGUCCGGGUGGCCCUAGACGAAGCCAAAUCCGAGCUAGGGCAGCUGUUCGACACGUCGGUGGGCAUCACAGGGCAAGUUGACCUCGCGGAGUUGGACGGGCCGUUCGUGAAGCUCCGGCUCAAGGGCAAGUUCUGGCACACCCGCGCCACCGUGGUCGCGCGGAUCGGAAACUACCUCAAGAACCGCAUUCCGGAAAUUUUGGAGGUGGAGAUCGAGGACGAGAAACAGCUGGAUGAUAGUCCCGCUGCUUUCUGAGGGGUACCGCACGAUCACCAAUUUAGUUCAAUGCUGUGUGUGAUUCAUCAGUAUGUGCCAAUUGUGAGGUUCAGGAGAAGGGACACGUUUUCAGUUUUCAGAAUUAGUACUGGUUCAGGGAGAAUUCUUAUCGGAGGCUACCUUUCGUACACAGUUAAGUAUGGUACUCCUUACUCUGCUAAUGUCAAAACUACAGACUUAUGAACACAUGAAUUCCAAUCAACAUUUUCUGGCUGACAUGACAAGAGCAUUCAUCAUCCUCGAUGUGUAAAGCUGAAUCUAUGGAUCUGAGUCUGAAGGAGCGAAUAUACAGACCUGAAUUUUCUGUAUUUCCCAUAA